AAAAAUACUCUGCUGGAAGCGGAAACUAUUCUUGAAGUAAUGAUUAUUAGGUAACGUUAACGAGGUUAGACGCUGUUGACUUUUGUAAGGGAAUUAGAGCAUUAGGCAAAAAAAAAAAAACAAGCUGACCUUCCGUUAUCGAAUCGAUUUAGGCUGAGACGGUAUUUCAAAUUAUAGGGGCGAAAUGAGUGCACUUGAUGCAUGAAACCCCUCUACUGUGAGCAUCGAUUUGUCGAAAGUGGGAAAAAAAUCUGUGAGUAUAAAUAUUUUGCACUGCAAAAAGUCAGCAGUCGCGGAGAACCAGGCUAUUCAACGGGUCAUCAGCAUUUAACUGAAGACAGCGCCUGUUACGUUCACCACAGUUAUGUCAGGUGAAAUAUCAAUUGAAGAUCAGUUUGACGCCGCAGUACAGAUUAUUCGAAGGCUGCCAAAGAAUGGCAGCUUCAGGCCACCGUACACCCUGCAACUGGCGUUUUAUUCGUAUUAUAAACAGGCGACUGUAGGUCCGUGCAGAGGUAGCAGACCGCAUUUUUUUGAUGUGGUAGCCCGGGCUAAAUUUGAAUCAUGGAACGCGCUCGGAUCAAUGGACAAAGUAACUGCUAUGAAGAAGUACGUAAACGAGUUCGUCGAUACAGUUAAAAAGCUUAGGCAAUCAGCCACUCCUGAAGAAAUAAUGCUAGCCUUAACUUAUGCUGAACCGAAACACAUCGCCCUGUUUAUGCCGUUGUUUGCCGACUGUGAUUUGCCUCCAGAAUUGAAUAAUGCCAUUUUUAAAAAUUGCUGAGAUGACAAUAAGGUACAGAUGACAACUGAAUGGGAGAAAUUGUUAAUCACGUGACUGGUAGAAAUGUCUAAAAAAAAAAAAGCAUCGUUGUUUGACCAAAAGCAAUUCGUAGAAGUUACGACCUUCCUUCGUAAAUUCCAGAAUAAAAUCAAGUUGUUGUUGUAGUUCAAAUCAAUG